UACACGAUGUGCUGCUAUUCGCGUUACUGAUUGUUCAUACUACAUGCGGGAUAGCAGUGUAUGACUCACUACAUGCAAAGAGCAAGCAAGAGUCACGUGAUGGUGUAGCAAUGAUCUGGCCGGUUCUGGCGUUUUCUGUGCUCGCAGCCAUCACCGUCGUGCAGUGUAAUCAGGGUUGCCCUAGCGGAUACAGUCGUGGGCAAUAUCUCGAUGCAUCCACACAGAAGUAUCUUCUCUGCUGGAAGGUGGAUUGGUCUGACAUGUCGAUCACGUUCUUAGCCAAAGUCGCCACGGCAGGAUGGAUAGGGCUCGGUUUCUCACCAACAGGUUUCAUGCCCAACUCCGAUGUGGUCAUAGGAUGGGUGAAAGACGGUCAAGGAUACUUGAAGGAUCGUUUUGCAGCUGAGAGGGCGCAACCGGCGAUUGAUAAAAUCCAAAACGUCAAACUGUUGUCGUUUAGUGAAGCAGACGGGAUGACGACGCUGGAAUUCAAGAGAGACCUCGACGCCUGCGAGCCGAGAGACAGAAGCAUUGAGGAAGGAACUACUCGAGUCAUCUUUUCCUACAACCCCAAUGACCCCGAUUCACAGACCUCACUAGCCAAGCACACAGUCGCUACAAGAGUCAGCAUCAAUCUACUGAGCGGAACCAGAAACGUCAAACCUGCACCUCUAGAAGCCAACCACAAGACAGUCGACGUUCUAAAUCGAAAAGUGUCUGUGCCUGCUCGGCCCACGACCUACUGGUGCACUCCAUUCAAGCUGCCUCAACUGCAGAAUGAAGCUCAUAUAAUAAGAUUUGCACCAGUGGUGCAAGCAGGACACGAAGAGCUGGUGCAUCACAUAUUGAUAUACAAGUGUCACGAUGGAGUCGAUUCUUACCUAACUAUGUCAUGGGAUUGCGACAAUCCACCCAACUUUAUACCAGAAAGUAUUCAAGAAUGUCGUGAAUCGGCUCAAAUUGCAGCAUGGGCUGUGGGAGGCGCGGGUGUCACCUUCCCAUCACAUGUUGGACUCCCUAUGAGUGGUCAGACUGGCGCCCAAUAUGUUAUGAUGGAAACUCAUUAUAACAACGAGAAAAGUGGAGCAGAUUAUGUGGACAGCUCUGGUAUACGAAUCUACUACACUCCUACUAAACGGCAGUACGACGGAGCAGUCCUGCAAUUUGGUCAUGCUUUCGGUCAAGGCUAUAAUCUCUUCCUGCCACCUCGAAAAGACAACAUCCUAACGGAGACUCUCUGUCCUGCAGCCUGCACGCGAGCUAGCUUUCCUUCAAAGGGAGUGAACGUGUUUGGCACAAUGCUGCAUUCACAUACUGUCGGAAAGGGCAUUUGGAUUGAGCACAGUCGCAAUGGCGUCCAACUUCCUAACAUAGACAGCAACUACAAUUACGACUUUAAUUUUCAGGAUGUAGUGUUGCUGAGCAACGAAGUGAAAAUCCUGCCUGGAGAUGACGUUCAGGUGUUCUGUGAUUACGACACGACCAGCAGACAACACGUGACUCUCGGUGGAGAAGGUGCUACGGACGAGAUGUGUCUUGCUUUCCUAUUGGUCUACCCCAGGCCAAGCCUCGCCUGCUGCGUGAGCCAAAUUCCAACUCAAACGUUUAUCUAUUACAUCAUACAAGCUGAGCUGAAGGGUUAUUAUGUAGAUGUCACAAAUAAAUCAGCAGACGACAGGACACGAUUCAAUCAGCGCAUUCAGGCCCUCCACAAUAUGAAAUUCGGCAGUGACGACGAGUAUACGCUUUGGGACCAACAAUACUGGUCUGCUAGGCAAAGAGAAGUCAUUUGUAGAGAUCAAAGUCAUAACAACUUAGUAAUACUAGAUGGCCAGUCUGCUCAAUAUUAUGACCUGCCUACCAUCAAGCGGGUUCUAACCGAUGCUCCAACCUUUGGAACACCAAAACCUUGCGAAAGUAUCGUCGAGGCGCCUAGACCUCCAACCGGCUCGGCUCUGGACUCGAUCUGCGACUCGUUGUGGAUUGCUUUCUCGUCUUUCGUGGCGAUAACGAUGGACUAUUAGAAAGAAAGGAAAGAACGAACUGCCAAGACUGCUAAUGAACAACAAACUCUUAAUUCCUUAGUCAGUAUGUCGUAUGCAGCUUGCCAUUGUUCUGUUUGUAAUGGUAGCUAAUAUUUUUUACUUACUCAAUGGACAUAAUAUGAUCGCUCACUGCAUCUC